AUGGACCAGAGAGAGCACUGUCCUCCCACCACCAGAAGGGCGGCGUCACUGAGCAGUGAACGCUCCAAUGAUCGAUGGAUUAACUUUCAAAAGGAGGAAGAUCUGCGGAUCCUCCACAAACUUCAGUCUGGACCUGGUCCCAGAUGUGAGUCCCUCAGGAGUAACCAUUCGAUGGGAGAACCACUGCGGUUCACAAGCAACCGGUUGAUGGAAGAACCACUGAAGUUCAGGAGUGACCAGUCGAUGGGAGAACCAUGGAACUUCAGGAGUGACCAGUCGAUGGGAGAACCAUGGAACUUCCGGACAGAAGUGGAUGAUGCAAAUGUCUCCAGUGGUCCACACCAUCGCACACACCUGGACUCCUUAUUUAAGCAUCUGUGGGAAGACCUCAUCACUUUUGUCCAAGAUAAGGUCAAGAAGUUCCACAGGCUUCUGAGCACAGAUUACCCAGAAUGCUUAGAGCCUGUGGAGGAUGAGGAGCAGAGGAGCAGCAGUGAGGCGCUCCUGAAGAUCAUACUGAACUUCCUGAGGAGGAUGGAUCAGAAGGAGCUGGCUGAGCGUCUGUGGAGCAGGGUUUCUUCUGGACGUUCUCAGCGUAAACUGAAGGUGGAUCUGCAGCAGAGGUUUGAGUGUGUGUUUGAGGGCAUCGCUAAAGCAGGAGCCCCCACCCUCCUGAAGCAGAUCUACACCGAGCUCUACAUCACAGAGGGAGGCUCUUCAGAGGUCAACCAGGAACAUGAGACUGAGCCGCUGUGA